GUCAUAUCAUGUUGAGUUAUGAUCUUUCACACAUACACAAGAGACUUGUUUGUUCAUAGAGAAAAAGAUCACAUGACGUGUGUGAACGCGUCUGAUUGGUUAGCUGUUAGAAGUGAUUUCUGCUUUCUAGAUUCUCGUGGGAUGUCUUUUGUAAGAUUUGACUUAAACUAAUGUCAUCACUAGAUUCUACUUUUCCUGCUGCAUUAUUCAAUUGAUAAGCUCUUUCUCGUGACCAGUGCUUCAUAUGGUUUAUACACAUGGGUUUAGUCACUGGUCACGUGCAUUUGGACCCACAACUUGCAAUAUUUAGAAAGCUAGGAUCCAAAUAUGUUGUUAGUAGAUGAAGACACACAGUUACAGCUCUUAUCCUCUGUCAUUGGUAUUCACAUUGCUGCACAUUUAUUGAUAUUUCAACCAACUCCCAUUUUUGUUAUAAAUAAGAAAUAGGGCUUUGUGUGUGAGGAUUUAAGGAUCAAUGUAUCUGCAUUCUCACAUUCAUUAGUCUUUUAUCUAUAAAACCCUGGACCCUUUUGCUGCUACUCCCACAUUUAGUUGUUGAAUUAAAAAAACUCAUUUGUGUUUGGAAUCCAAAAUGGCAAGAAGUUUCAACCUUUCUUUGAUUCUCUUUGUUCUGUAUCUGUCCACUGCAGCAAUAGCCAUGGCCAGAAACCUUGAAGAGGAAUCAAGUGGUGAUACGAAGUUCAUUAAAGCCUCUUGUGAGAUGACGUCGUACCCGGACCGAUGCUUCCAGUCCCUGUCUUCAUAUGCAAGCGAGAUCAAGAAGCAGCCACGUAAGCUUGCUGAGACAGCGCUUGCCGUUAGCAUAGCCCGAGCAAAGUCAGCCAAAACCUAUGUCUCAGAGAUGACUGACUAUAAGGGAAUCACAAAGAGGCAGCACGAGGCUGUAGCAGACUGUGUAGAGGAGAUGGGAGACACUGUUGACAGGUUGAGCAAUUCGCUGAAGGAACUGAAGCAUCUGGAGGAAGGUGACAGCGGAGAAGAGUUUUGGUUCUGUCUGAGCAAUGUCCGGACAUGGACAAGCGCGGCUCUGACAGAUGAGACCACAUGUCUUGAUGGAUUUGGAGGGAAAGCCAUGAAUGGGGAGCUGAAAAGCUUAAUCAGAACACGCAUUGUGAGUGUGGCGGAAGAGACGAGCAAUGCCUUGGCUCUGAUCAAUGACUUUGCUUCCAAGCAUUGAAAACAUUUCAAAGGGAUAUGGUCUUGGGGACAGUUUUUCUCUUGGAUUUGGUUUCUAUUGAGCUUUGAAGAAAUGUGCUUUGGUUUGGUUUUGAGGCAUUUCAGUUUCUCUUACCCUGUUGUUGUAUCAUCUACGGUCUACAUAGUUGAUGUUGAUUUUUCUCAAUGUUUUACAAUAGAUUACUUACCAAACAAA